AUGGCGCAACUGGACAGUUUUCAUGGGAUGGUAGUAUCACAAUAUUUUUCGUCUCUAUACGAUUUCAUUGUUUUUGAAAACGUAUCCAAAAAGUUCAGAGGAAAUACAUCAAAGUUUCAUUACAACCCGUUGCCACUAACAACAAGAACAUUGAAAUACUUUGAAAAUGUUGAGACUCUUCAUUUAUAUAAAGAGUCAGAAGAAAAUUUUGGAAAUGAUUUUUUUGAUUUGAAUAAAGAAAAUGGGGAUAAAAAAGAUUGUGAAAAUUUUUACCAAGUUGUUAUUCAUUUUAAAGUGUCCUUUCAAAUUUAUUUAACGAAUUCGAACAAAAACUUUGUAUUCAAGAAUGUUACCUUUACAAAGAAAGAUAGAGAGAAUUACGGAAAUGUGAUUCCAAGUGGUGUAACUUUUCUUGGUGAAAAUUGUUUUGAAGAGGUUGAUUUGAGUACUCUUGAAAUACCAAAUACAGUUAAAACAAUUGGAGAAAAGUGUUUUUGUAAUAUGAAAAAUUUAAUAAUUGUCACUUUAUCAACAAAACUCCUUUCUAUUGGAAAAAGUGCCUUUGAGGGAUGCGAAAAGUUAAGAACAAUAAAAAUACCAGACACGAUCACUUCACUUCAUAAUUUUACAUUCAAUUGUUGUUGUUCUUUGGCUGAAAUCAAGUUAUCACAAAACUUGGAAGUACUUGGAGAACUUUCUUUUGGGAACUGUACAUCUCUUUGCUCAAUUGAAUUGCCAAACAAAAUUAAAGAAUUACAAAAAUCGUGUUUUAUUUUUUGUACCUCUUUAAAGAAAAUUAUUUUACCCACACAAUUGUCAAAAAUUGGGAAACACUGUUUUGAAGAAUGCAAUCAAUUGAAAACAAUAGAAAUCCCCAGUAAAGUGGAAAGGCUGGCACAUUUUAGCUUUGAAAGAUGUUCUUCAUUGAUGACUGUGACAGUGACUGAUAAACUAAGGAAAUCAGAUUCUUUUAGAGAAUUGCCACUUGCUACUAGACAUUAG